AUGGGUUCUUUUGAAUUUAUCUCUAUAUUCAUUAUGGUCCUACUUUUCCCAUCAUCUCAUCCCAAAGCCAAAGGUGUCGCUUCAGAUUCUGCUAGUGAGGCCGCUGGUCUUUUGAAAUGGAAGGCCAUCUUUCAAAACCAGAACAAUAGCUUGCUAGCCUCGUGGAACCUCCAUUCCAUCAACUGCAAGAAUUCUUCCAACCUUCCAUGCACUUGGGCUGGCAUUUCAUGCAUUAAUGGAAGUGUCAGCAAGUUGAAUCUCUCAGAGUACAGCAUAAAAGGUAGCCUUUAUGACUUCCCAUUUUCAACCCUCCCAAAUCUUGAAUAUCUUGAUCUUAGCCUGAAUCAGAUCUUUGGCAGCAUACCUCGUGAAAUAGGUAACCUGUCCAAGCUCAUUUAUCUUGAUUUCUCAGUUAAUGAGUUGUCAGAAGAAAUCCCACCUGGAAUAGGAACUCUGCAUAAUUUGAUUAAACUUUUUCUGGAGGACAACAAUUUAACAGGUCCAAUUCCAUCCACUUUUGGCAACCUCACCAAGCUAGUGAAGUUAUAUCGUUUUCAAAAUCACCUAUAUGGUCCCAUUCCCCCCGCGAUGGGAUAUUUGAUCUCACUCCAGUUUCUUAUGUUGUAUCAAAAUAAUCUUACUGGUGCAAUCCCAAAUUCACUGGGUAAUUUGACCAAUUUAACUCAUCUGUAUCUCUAUGAGAAUCAACUUUCAAGUCCAAUUCCAAAAGAUUUGGGUGGUCUCAAAUUCCUUACCGAAAUGGAAAUAGGUCAGAACCAACUUAAUGGUUCUAUUCCUGUUUCAAUUGGUAAUUUGAGUAACUUAAAUGAAUUGCAUCUUCGAGAGAACCAAUUUUCUGGUACAAUUCCAGAAGAGCUUGGAAACCUGAAAAAGUUGGUAGUUUUGGAUUUGGAUCAAAAUCGGUUUUCUGGUCCAUUGCCAGAUCUACUAUGUCAAAAUGGAACCCUCCAAAUUAUUACUGUAUCUGAGAACAUGCUUACAGGUCCAAUCCCUAGAUGCUUGAAAAAUUGCUCAAGCUUAAUUAGGGCCCGCUUCAAUGGGAACCAUUUCUAUGGUAACUUGUCGGAAAUGUUUGGCAUCUAUCCUUUCCUGGAUUUCAUAGAUCUGCGGGACAACGAAUUCUAUGGGGAACUCUCUAGCAACUGGGGAAAAUGCAAAAUCUUGACGGCCCUGAUGGUUGGAAAGAACAACAUCACAGGUGGUAUACCUCCAGAAAUUGGAACUUUAACUAAAUUACAAGCGCUUGAUCUUUCUUCAAAUUAUUUAUCUGGGGAGAUACCAAGAGGAGUUGGGAAGUUGGCUUCUAUGCUUAAUCUAUAUUUGCAUGACAACCAACUCACUGGCAGUAUGCCUCAGGAGUUGGGAAUGCUAACAAAACUUCUUUAUGUAGACCUGUCCACAAACUCCUUUAAUGGACCUAUUCCAGAACAUUUGGGAGAUUUGAGGAGAGAUACCAUCUGA